CUUAGCUUAGCAGGGUAAUGAAAGCGGAAGGAAAUGGACCACAACCAGCCCAGUUCCUCCAUGCAAUCAAAUCCCAUUUGUUUCUCAAUACCCACAUCAUCUCCUGUCACAAGGCUGCAAUGUCCACCCCACUUUCCCCUCAGAUGUGUGCCACAGCCACGGCCAUGGGCACAGGCACCGAGCAGCCAGCAAGAGGGACCCGGGAUCUGGCACACUCCCCCACACAUGGCCAGACUGUGGCUCAGCACUCCGGGGUGCCCCUGCCAGCAGGAUCGGGCUGCGGGAUGGUGUCUCCCCCCUGGGCCGCUGCUACAGAGCAGUGCCUGGGAUAUACUGAGCAUCCCACAUCCCGAAACCCCGGUGCUCCUGCCCCUCACCGGACCGGGGAGGACGCAAAGCCGCUCCCUGUCCCGAGCCCAGAGCAGCCUCUCGGUGCCAGCUGGCCCCGGUGGCCGGGUCCCGGCAGGGCGAUGCCCCGUGGCUCUGCCGGGACCCCGCCUGCCCCGGGCAGACACCAAAGCGUUAACCACCCGCUCGGCUCCAUUUCCUGUGCCGCUUGCUUCCCCAUUUCCUUCCCAAAGUUUGGGCAGAACCCAUGGCCGCGGCAGCAGCUCCGCUCCUGUCCCGGCAGCGAAGCCCCGUCCAGCGGCAGCUCUUGGGUGUGGGUGCCCAGGUGGGUCAGGGCUUCGGUCUGCAGCAGCCCCAGGACAAGGUGUCGGUGGCAGCAGGGCAGAUGCUCACGCUCAGGUGCACCGUGCCUGGACACGCUGGACCGGGUCCUGUGAAGUGGCUGAAGGGCUGGGGCAGUGGGAACAAGACCGUCUAUGAUCAGAAAAGGAAGGAUCCCUCCUCCCGUGUGACAAGAGCAGUGAAUGAGUCCAACACAGAUUUCACCAUCAACAUCAGGAACUUUCAGCCCGAUGAUGUUGGCACCUAUUACUGCGUGAAGUUCGUCAAGGGAAAGACUGGUGAGGAUGAGGUGUUUCAGCAUGGCAGCGGCACAGAGGUGUCCAUGUAUGAGACAGCCCUGGUUCCUGGAAUGGUGGCUGCAGCUGUAGUGCUCUGCUUCCUCCUUCUCCUCGGCCUCUUCAUCGCCCUUUGCAUGUACAGGAGGAAGCGCCAAGGCGGGGUGGGCAGCCCGUGCCCGGCCAGGACAGUGGCCAUGGGAAACUUCUUGUCUGUCCCUCUGCAAUGCUGUGCAGGGAGCCCCAGCACCCCCAGUGAGGUCCUGGAUGCAGAGAGCUCCCACCUGCCCAGCCAGCUUUCCUCAUUUGUGUGGGAAUGCACAAAUCUUUUGCAGCAGAGCAGCAAGGAAGAGAACGACAUCCACUACGCCGACCUGCAGCCCCUGCCCCCGGCCCUGCGGCGCGGCAGGAGCCGGGGCACAGCCCCCACCGAGUACGCCAGCCUCAGGGCAGCUGCCAAGUGACGCAUGGCACUGCUGCCUGCGCGGCCAGCCCGUGUCAGGGUGGAAGAAGGGACGUUUCUGCAGGGCACAAUAAAGAAGAAGUGGAGCUGUUUGCGUGGCGCACCCUGAUCUCAGCUCAGCACACCCCGAUCUCGCUCACCAUGCUUGCAUCUCUCAGGGGGAGCUCUCCCAGGACCUGGAAGCCAUCUCAACAGCAGGAGCAGACCACGAGGCCAAGCACCUCUACCUUGUGCAAGCUGUUUGGUGCUGAUGACACUAAGAGGACCUCAUACACACUUGUGUCCACCAGCAUGGGCCUCACAGGUCCAUAAUUUGUGU